CAUGCUUUUGAAGGUUUUGUUUUGUUUUUCUCGGCCAAGAAAAGUUUCACGAAAAGAAUUCAUUGUGCAUUUGCAUUUCAUCGCGCCAUUCGCACUCUAGUUUCAAAUUCCAGCAGUGCUUUACGCUUUCGGCACGUCCAUUAGAAUAAAAUUCAUAUUGAUACCGUUUUUUCUGUGCUUGUGAUUACUGCAAAUAAAAUAGUAUAGUGUUUUGGAUGCGGAGGUAUUGCAUAUGUUUUGCUGAAAAAAUGGUAUAGAACAGAUCACGAUAUGUAAGGCGUAUCGAUAAAUUGAUUAGCAGCAGCACAUUUAGCAAAACAAUUGAGCUAUCUAUCUAUCGACGUCUUCGUUUGCGUGGCAAAAGGAAAUAAAAAGAAAAAUGUGCAUGUAAUAUUCGAAUCGAUAAGCCGAGCUCAAAGUUCACGAUUACUCAGAAUCCGGGAGCGGCAUGAUAAGAGCAAGAAACGCAGCAUUAUCUCGGAUUGGUCUCUAAUCACUCGUGAAAGAGCUGCGUUGUGAUUCAAUUUAGCAGAAAUCGUUUAGGCGUACGUAAUCAUGUCGAGCCCAAAAGCGGAAACAGAACCAAUCGUGUCCUAUAAUCCCGAUGCAGAUGAUGAAGGAGCCGUUCUACUAGCGGUUAGUGCAAAAAGCGAACCUGAUCUGACUUCGGAGUUGAAGCAAAGUACCGACGAGUUGUAUUUGUUUGAUACGUUGAUAGAGUUGUGCAGGAAUAAUAUAAAAUAUUUCGAGGAGGAUGAGACGGAGUCCGGGCUGAGGAUCCAUGGUGCCUUUGUAGGAUUGAUUGACCACAUCGAAACUGCGAAACCAUUGGUAACGGAAGUUCAGGGAUUUGUCCAUGAAUACGAUCUUGAUCCAGCUAGUCCGGGCAAUGGCUUUAGAAGCUUUUUGUAUGUAAUGAAUAGUUGCGUAAAAACAACACUGAAACUGGCGAGAUAUGUUAUGGAAAAUCGGGGAACAAUUUUGUUCCGAAAGGCUGUCUAUGUCAAAGAGGUAGAGGCAUACAAUCACCUAAUGGCAAGUCUAUGUACUUGUCUCAAACACUGUCAUACACUCCGAAAGUGGAGCAAACCUGGAGAACUUUUUCCCGAGGCACAUUCCGUUGAAGAAUUACUCAGUAAAGCUGAGACAAUAAACCAAUUUUGCUUCUACGGGCGAUGUCUUGGCUUUCAGUUUUGUGAAUCUAUGAGGCCGCUUCUCAAAUUUAUCUCUAUCGGAAUGGCAGGUUUUUCCGAGGGGUACUAUUCCGAAGGCGGUCGAAUUUCCAAAGCCACUAGCCUUAUGUAUACCAGCACUAAAUAUAUGUUAGAUCCGGAACUACGAGCCCGUCGGAUCGUUAAUAUCUCUCAGCAUUCAAAUGUAGACUUUUGCAAAGCCUUCUGGUUUCUUGCGGAAUCCGAACUGUUGCACUCGCUUCCGUCCUUUGUUGGAUUUAAGGUAAAAGUUAGCCGUGUCAUUACUAUCCCUCCGGAGCCGCUCGCGCUUAAAGCCGAGAAAUCUGACAAAAUGAUAGACAUUCCCGUACCAAAAAGCUAUAGCGGACCUGGCCCGAUAAGUGCAAGACUAAUCAGCGCCGUCAAACGUAAAGGCAUGAUAGGAGAGAAAGUUAAUACUCGAAGUACAAUACAUCCUCCUUCUUCAAGUUUGCUAUUUCAUUGCCAUGGGGGAGGUUUUGUGGCACAGAGUUCUAAGUCUCAUGAAAGCUACUUAAGAGAGUGGGCAGUGCAGUUGAACGUGCCAAUACUCUCUAUUGAUUACAGCCUCGCGCCAGAGUCGCCAUUUCCUCGUGCUUUGGAAGAAGUAUUCUAUGCUUAUUGCUGGGCGCUCAAAAAUUGUGAACUAUUGGGAACGACGGCAGAAAAAAUUAUCUUCGCUGGUGAUUCCGCUGGAGCCAAUUUAAAUCUAGGUUGUGUAAUGAGAUGUAUCGAAAUGGGUGUACGACGACCGGAUGGUAUUUUCCUAGCCUACUGUCCGGUGCUCAUCAGUUUUGUUCCCAGCCCUGCUCGAAUGUUGUGUCUGAUGGAUCCGCUAUUGCCGUUCGGAUUCAUGAUGCGCUGUCUUAAAGCGUAUGCUUGUCCUAGUCGUGACGUUUUGGAACACAAUCGCCGUCGGUUGCAGGAAAGACAAGCUGUUGUUAAUGCUGGAAGCUCUACGGUAAACAACUCGACGUCUUCUUACGAAUUAGUUCAGCAUAACCGAGACGCAGAAGAAAAACCUGAAAUUAAAUCUGUCCUGGACGACGCCAGAUCAGACCACUCCGGAUCUCCGGAUAAUUCCGCUUGGGAUCAACUAAAUAGUAUUAACACUGUACAGCUUAACAAUCAGCAUCUAAGUCCUUUAAGUGACACAAUCAGCGACACUCUGGCUCUGAAAAGUCAGACAGUCGGAAAUACUAUCGAUCUGAUGAGCCCUGAUGAGAGUAAUACAAUUACUUCGCUGGAAGAGGAUUCCCAACCCAUUACUCUUCAGCAGGUCAACUUGGGAACUGAGCAAAGCAAUGUCACAGUUAUUGAUGACCUCGAUAUUGACUUACCCAGCGACAUGAGUUCCGAACAGAAUACAAAUAAAAACGUCUCCGAUUUCAUUGAAAGAUACGUGCUGGACACGACUACGAACGCCGCCGGCGAACUUGAACCUAUAUUGAGACCAGUUUCUCGCACUGCUUCUGAAGAAAAUGUCGUACUGGACAUUGGCAGAGAAACACUUAGCGUUCAAAACCUGCAGGAGAAAGUCUCAACUGUUGCCAGCAGCUUAGUCAAUCGUGUUUCGUCUACAUUCAACGCUAUCACCAUGUCAAAACCGAUCAGCAGCAGCGAAUCGCUGUCAGAGUUUCAGAGUAAUUUGGAUGCUCUCAUUGCCCGCAGUCCGUCGGAUGAAUUUAUUUUUGAGGUGCCGAAAGAUUCGCACCUUUCACCGUAUUGGGCUACGGACGAAGUGCUGAGUCAAUUUCCGCCAACUAAAAUAUUAACGGUUGUAUUAGAUCCAUGUCUGGAUGAUUGUGUUAUGUUCGCGAAAAGACUGAAGAACUUGAACAAUCCGGUAACACUGGAUAUUUUGCCGGGGCUUCCGCAUGGCUUUCUCAAUUUUGCUUCGAUUUCCAAGGAAGCGCAUGAGGGCUCAAAAAUGUGCAUUAAACGAAUCGCUGAGUUGUUGGAACAGUCCGACCAGGCGCCGGACGACGGAACCUCGAAAAACUGUUGUUAGCGAUUCAGUGGCUGCCUCUUCGAAUCAAAGCAUUUGUUUCGCAAAGGUAGUGAGCGUAUUGCUAACGUUUAAAGCAGCUGCAGCAGCAUGUGCAUAGUGAUUGUUGAAUUUAUAAUGCUAAAAUUUAGCAAAUGCUUUCAAAAGUUACUGUUGACAAAGACUAACAGCCGAAAUUUUUGUGCAAUCAUAUUUGUUACUGUUUUUUUUAUAUUAAAAACAUUGCUCUUCGUUAGCUCUUAGUAAAUACUCAGAAAUCAGUAAAACAAAAAUCAAAGACUUUGAAAUGAAAUGGAAAUACGAUUUCCCAAAAAUCUUUUGCCUUUGCUUAGGGUCCAAAAUUGUUCGCAAAUAAAAAAAUUAAACCCGAAACGCCUGAACCUUUUAGAAAAACAUUCAAGCACUUAAGCUCAAACAAAAUUUACUUGAAAGCAAUACUACGCUUAGCAGUUAGGCGCAACCUCUCGGUUUGAUAUUUAUGUUUUUUCAUAAAAAACUACAAAGAAACCUGAAGUAUUUAACUCGAAACUAAACCACUGAUCGAUAAGUUUUGCUCACAAUCAUUAAACUAACUCUAACCGCCAUUUUUUCGAAUAAUCGAAAUUAAUAUUGCUGUUUAUCUAGUGUCUAUUCGAUUGACUGCUAUACAAUCUCAUUGUGUUAAUUCGUGUACUUUGAAUUUCAAAAAACCAAAGAUAUACAAUGAUGACAACUAAAUGUUCCAUCUACUUACUAAGUGCAACUAUACUGAGUUUCGAUUAUUAGUUUUUAAAAUAUUUACUCGGGAAUGGUUUGGAAAAUAUAUUUACAACCUCAUCUAAUUUCCACAAACGACUAAACCACGUCAUCAAACGAUAAUAGAUGUACCUUCGGAAUGAACAUUUCAACUAAAACUAUUGUUAAUUAAAACGCAACUUACAUAAUAUAUUUUCAGUGUUAAAUCAAAAUGAAUAUAAUACUGUAUAAAUCAUAAAUUAUAUACAUGUAAUAAAUUGAAAUCACUGUUCAACACUU